AUGACUUCGUCUGCGUGCACCUACGGCGGAACCCAAAUCAACUUCCUGAUGCCCCGGACACCUGGUGUGGCAUGGACCGAACCAGCGGGACACCCAACGGCCCCCAAGUAUGAUCCCACCCCCAUCCCGACAUGCAGGGCGGCGAACACACAGAUCUGGAAUGGAGGCAACAAUGACAGGCCGCAGAUUCUCACGUUUGCUUUACAGAAAAGGCCACGGGCGACUCGGGCGAGUGCCAACAAGGUCCGGACGGGAUGCAUUGCUUGGUUCUGUGAAGGAUACGACUCUCCCAACAGCUCUUCGGCCUCCCCCGCUAGCUCAGACGACGCAGAUAACACCAACAAGACAGCACCAUCAUCCUCAACAACAUCAUCAUCAUCAUCCUCCUCCGUCUCUCGCGUCUCCAAGAAGAAGCCGCUCGUCGCAAACACCCGCCCCAGAUCGCAAUCUCAACUAAUCGACAUCAGCCUACCACUCGAACCCACAGAGAACCUCUUCGUCAACGUCUUUGAACGCCAAUACUUUGACUACUGGCUCUCCCGCCGCUACCGCCUCGGCGGCGGCUUCUUCGACGAGCAGCUAUGGGCCGAGACCAUCCCGCAGAUGAGCCACCAGCACGCCUCGGUCCGGUACGCCGCCAUGGCCGUCGGCGGCAUCGGUAAAGCCCUCCACCACAGCCUGAAGCCGACCACGCCCGCCCAGCUCGGCGCGAACGGGCCCCACUACGGCCUCGCCCUCUCGUACUACGGCCGCGCCAUCCGCGAGGUCCACAAGGCCGUCGCCGCGCCCCGCGACGAGACCAACAGCAGCAGCAGCCUCCGAGCCGCCAUCGUCUGCUGCCUGCUCUUUGUCUGCUUCGAGGUGCUCCACGGUGAUCGUAAGGCGGCGUUUGCGCUCAUCAAUAGCGGGCAGACGAUGAUGGAUGAGCUGCUGCGCCGGUGCGAGGAGGAUAAGGGCCGGGAUAAGAGCAUUAUUGGCGCCGAGGCCGUCGAGACGGAGGCGCUGCAUGUGUUUCAGCGGCUCAUCCAGCAGUCUUGGUCUUGCGGUGUGCUUCGAAGGCGGGAGAGGCGCCCCGAGAAAGUAGAGGGCGAUCUUGUCGCGGAAGAGAAGAAGGACUCGUACUCGUCUGAGUCGUGGUGCUGCCAAGGAGGACCGGGGAGGAAGAGCGCGAUUCACAAGAUGCCCGCCAUCUUUAGUAGCCUCCAGGAAGCUCGUCGAUGGUGGGAUGUGACGCAGCACUACGUGACGCACUCCUCAGACAUCGUCUGCCGCGUGACCCAGCUAGGGUUAAGCGAAGACUUCCUCUCCGAGUGCAACGAGCGCAUCCGGAGACAACUAGAAGAGAGCGAGCGCUUAAGAACCGGAGCUGUCAGCAAAUCAUCCUCAUACUCAUCCUCAUCUGCGGCUACAGGAGCCGAGGACACCGCCUCGCGCUGGCAAGACUUCAGAGACGCCCUAGCACGAUGGGCAACCGGCUUCGCACCCCUCUGGACCGCCGCCCGCAAGACCAAGACCUCGGACGAGAGAUCCUACAGCCAAGCAGCGCACCUCCGCGCCCAAUACCUCACCCUCUCCAACUGCCUCGAGUCCCCCCUCGGCUGCAGCUACGAGCGCGUGGCCCGCCUCACCCCGCGCUUCCGCGAAGUCAUCCAGCUCUCCGCCGGUCUGCUCGACUACCAAAAGCGCUCCUCCUUACCCGGCGAGAUCUUCACCAUGGACAUGGGUCCCACCUGGCCUCUGUUCCUCGCGGGGACGCGGUGCCGGGUGCCGGAGCUGCGCAACGAGGCGAUCCGGCUGCUGCGGGAGAACCCGCGGCGUGACGGGCUGUGGGACAGCCGGUUUUUCUACGCGCUGAUGAUGAGGAACAAGAUGUUGGAGAUUUCGAAUUCGAGGGAGGGCACGCCCGAGGAGCAGUGGUGGCGGCUGCAGCAUCGGUCUGCGUGUGUUGACGAGCAGGGGGCGUUGAUUGCCAAGGCGAUGGAUAAGAACCCUUUGACGGGGACGUGGGAUCUGGGGGAGGAUAACGUGAGGAGAUUUCUGUUUGAUUGA